UAGAGCCUUAUAUAUAGACCAGUCCUGUUAACGUUCAAAACAGUCGUCCAGGGUUUUCAAAGUAGAGACUUGAUAGUUCGUUCCAAAUUUUCAGUUUGGCUUUGAAGUUGGAUAGCUUAAUAUCAAAAACUUGUCUAAAUCAUGGCACAAUCAGCUGGUCUCGUAUUGCUUGUCCUAGCCUGUACCCUGACGUACGUCUCGGCAUGCACUUGCGAUCCUAUGACUACAAAGCAAAAGUUCUGCAAUCCGGAUUUUGCCAGUGUGUUUAAGAUUAAAGACAAUGGAACUGUUGUAGGCAUUGAUAGGGUGUAUAAAGUAGAGAUGCUACAUCAGUAUAGAACUACGGUUCCAGACAGCAACCCGGAUGCAGGGAAGUUAUAUACACCAGCUGAUAGCGCUGCCUGUGGAGUUACCUUUAUUCGGGAUACAUACUAUGUUGUCUCAGGUGUAUACGUGAAGAAACCUGGUCAGCGCAUUCAGAUGGUAACCAACAAAUGUUUGCUUCAGGUGAACUUCCCUGAGAACCCAUUGGAAACAUAUGUACCACCUACAUGUGAUCCUACAACAAAGCAGAUCAAAGUGGAUCAAGAAACUAUAUUCUAAGUCAAAGCUUAGCAUAAAUAUAUACUUCUAAAAUCAAAGUGGACCAGAAAACUAUAUUCUAAGUGAAAGUUCAUAUACAACAAACAGGCAAGCGGAUCAGACCACAACUUUAAAUGGAGCUGAUAUAUUAAUUAAAUUUCGUAACAUAGUAAAUUACUAAAAUAAAUAAUUGAUAUAG